AUGCGGCUCCUCCUACUGCUUUCUCCUUUAUUAUUAUUAUCAUCAUUAGCAGCUGCAUCUUUGGACUACUGUUCAUCUCAGAAUUUGGGUUCUGAUCAGACUACCUCUAUCUACCAGUCCAAUGGGAAGUGUGGGGAUACUUGUUCUGGUAAAGGGUAUGCCCUUGCUAUAGUGCAAAAUAAAAAUUGUUGGUGCUCAAAUUAUGUACCUGAAGAUACGGUCUCUACCGAUAAAUGUGAUAACGAUUGUCCCGGUUAUCCUAGUGAUAAGUGUGGUGGUGAUGGUUAUUACGGUUACAUUUUGAUUAGUACUCCCAGUGGUACUGAAGGAGGUAGUAGUGCUAGUUCUACUACUUCGUCGACUUCGUCGACUUCAACUUCUUCUACGUCAACUUCUGAAAAGUCUUCGGUGAUUGACGUUGAAACAACUGCCCAAAUUUCUGAAACCAUACAAGUGACCGAGACUACUCAAAUUACGCAAACUCAAGAUCAUUCUUCGUAUGCCUCGGAAACUUCUUCUUCUUCUUCGUCUUCUUCGUCAAAAUCGUCUUCUUCUUCUUCCUCUGCUUCUCCCUCGAGUUACCAACCAACCACGAUUUAUUCUGUUCGAACAGUUAAUGGCUCUCAAACUCAAUUGGUUAAAACUCAAUACGUUACUGCUAAUCCGACAUCGAAUCAAGCUUCCGCUUCGGCAACAAGUGAGUUGUCUUCUAAUCCAAAAAACAAAGAAGAUGAUUCCAAUAAUAAAUCUUUUUUCGAUUCAAAGGGUAAAGUAGCUGGUACUUUUACUGCAGUUGGUAUUGUUGUGGUUGGUCUUGUUGCUAGUAUUCUUUACUGUUGUUGUUGCUGUGCUGGUGGUGGUCGUGAUGGAUCUCAUGAUGAUUUCACUGAUGAAGAAAAUCAAUAUUCUUCUGAUGAACUUUCCAUGAAUAAUGAAAAGGCUGCAGUUCCUGCUUCAUUCACUAAUAAUGACCAUUCUAAAACUCCAUCAACUGUUUCUUCCACUCAUUUGAAACGUAAUAGUUCAAGUAAGUCUAUUCUUUCUUUAUUCAGUCCUAGUGGUGCAGGAGUUGCUGGUUCUACUGCUGGUGGUAUGAUGGGUCGUAGUUUAUCUAAAAAACGGUUGAAUCCAAAUAAACAUUCUAGAAAUGAUCUGAAUGCAAGUAAUAAUGGGAAUACCAAUAAUAAUGAAAUGAUGUUCCCUAUUUCUGAAUUCGAUUCAAGAUUAGAUCCUCAUACCAUGUUCCUAAAUACCAAUGAAUCAAAUAAAACUUUGGCCGAUAAUCAAGACUACUCAAGAAGAAUUUUGCAUAUAACUAAUCCAGAGUAA